AUGAUUAAAGUCUGCCAGAAAACAUCGCGCGACGACUUUACGGGAAUAGCUGCUUUGUCGGUGAAUGGCGAGUCAAUAAGUAAUCCAUUAGACAGAGCUAUGUACUCGACAACAUCAAAUACCAAUAGUAUUGUCGGGCUUUUGGCUACCUCAGUGAAUGAUGCUCCUACAUCUGAAGCCUUGUCUAUGACUGACAUUCAAACGGAAGAUCAUAGUAAGGUGAGCCCUAAAUCUAUUUAUCAGAAGUCACCGAGUGUUCAUCAGUGUGACUGUAAUUGCAAGCUCUUAACUGUUGAACUGGAAGGGGUUAAGUUGGAAUUGGUGUUGAUGCAAAAGGAUAUUGAGUCUAAAACAUUCAUAGCCAAUACAACAAAUGAAGGUGAUAAAAUUAAACAAUUAGAACGGGAUUUGGUUAUUGAAAGAGAAAGGUGUAGUCAACUUGAGGAAGAUAUAUCUGUCUUAAUAAGAGGCAGACACGCUGAAUUAAUUGAACUGAAUCAAACCAUUGCCUCCCUUGAUAACAAGAUUAAGACAAGCGAAGCACUAAAUGAGUCCCUCGCGCAAGUGAUUGUGCGUAUAAAUACACAAAAACCAGGUUCGAAUUCAAAAGAAAGUGCCGUGAAUACAUGCAAAUCGAAAAAAGAACACUCUCGGGAGGCUAAUUUAACCGAAGCUAUCCCAGUGGAACCAAUUAUGCUGGGUAAUGUAAAAUCUGACUUGCAAAUUAUUUAUCCAAGCGAUAAUAAUGUCAAUGAUCCUUUGUCGUCUGCUCCCAAUUUGGUUAACUGUGAUCUACACGUAAGUUUAGACAAAGCAGAUGAUAGUGUAAUAAAUGAGGCUAGUCCAGUGGAUCGAGCAAAAUCGUUAGGUAAUUUAUGCAACAAUUAUUGUAUGCGAUCUGAUACGUAUAUUGAAGAAAUAGCAAGGCCCAGUAAUACAAGAACUGUGGACACAAGUAAAGUAGAGCAAGUCAUGAAACCCCGGCAAUCCAAUGCAUGGUUAAAUUUUUUGCCCUUUAUUGAAGUUCCUUACAAACCACUUUCAAGAAAGAAAAGUGACCCG